CCCACCUCUAUAUAAAUGCUCGCCCAUGCAGUUGUUGGAAUGUUCAAUUGGAACUUGCUUGAGAGAGAGUGGGGGAGAGAGACUUUCAAGGGCUUGGUUUUGAAUUUUAAGCCGAGGAACAUUGAUUUUCAUCAUUUGAUUGAUAAAUCACUCAGGUUAAAUUCAGCUCAAACACCUUUUACUCUGUUAGCCCUUCCAAAUCAAUGGGCCUCUCUCUUUCCUUGCUCUUAUCUGCAUGGAAUGAAAUCCUAGAAUACAAAUUCUUCAGUUUGGCAGACGCCAUGGAAACUGUAUUGGCGAGAUCGAUAAGCUUUGGAGCAAACGGUGGGGAAUUGGAAGAUUCAGAAACCAUAAACAAAUCUGAGGGAUUAAAUCAAAGGAUUCAAUCUGAAAAAUCAAGGCUUAAAACCACUUUUCCACUCAUUAAUUUAGUUCUUGAGAAAGAAAAUUUGGAGUCUAUGUCUUUAGAAGACAACGAUUCUGAUUCUGUCAAGAAGAUAAAGCCAAAAAUUGCUCUUGCUGAGCCAGAGAUAUUUUUUUCUCCAAGACCGAAAACCGAGCUUGAUGCUGCUGCAACCAAGGUUCAGAAAGUGUACAAGAGUUAUCGUACCAGAAGAAACCUUGCGGAUUGUGCUGUUGUGGUUGAAGAACUCUGGUGGAAGGCCUUAGAUUUUGCUGCUCUAAAACGGAGCUCAGUAUCGUUUUUCAGCAUCACAAAACCAGAAACUGCAGCAUCACGGUGGGCUCGUGCAAGGACUAGGGCUGCCAAGGUUGGGAAGGGCUUGUCUAAGGAUGAAAAGGCUCAGAAACUAGCUCUUCAACAUUGGCUUGAAGCUAUUGAUCCACGUCAUAGGUACGGACACAAUUUGCAUUUCUAUUAUGAUGUAUGGUCAGAUAGCAAGAGCUCCCAACCUUUCUUCUAUUGGUUGGAUGUUGGCGAUGGUAGAGAAUUAAAUCUUGAGAGUUGUUCUAGAGUUAUUUUACAUCGUCAAUGCAUUCAAUAUCUUGGACCUAUGGAACGGGAAACAUAUGAAGUGAUCGUGGUGAGUGGAAAGCUAGCAUACAAGCAAUCCGGAAUUGUAUUGAGUACAGAUGAGCAUUCUAAGUGGAUCUUUGUCCUAAGCACAUCAAGGGCUUUGUAUGUGGGACAGAAAAAGAAAGGUGUUUUCCAGCACUCGAGUUUUCUCUCUGGAGGAGCUACAACUGCUGCCGGUAGAUUGAUUUGCCAUGAUGGGAUCCUCGAGGCUAUAUGGCCAUAUAGUGGUCACUAUCUUCCAACUGAAGACAAUUUCAAGGAGUUCCUCAGCUUCCUCGAGGAGCACCAAGUUGAUUUGACCAAUGUUAAGAGAUGUGCAGCAGAUGAUGACCAUGUCUCAUUCAAACGUAGCACUGAGGAUGAUGCUAAGCCAGAGGAAGUAGAGGCCCGAUCCGAAACUACGAUACCAACAGAUGUAAAUGCUGCCAAUGGCAAUGGACCAACCGAUAAUACGUCCAUUAAGACCUCUGAUCCAGAAACCGGCAUAACCACCAAUGCAAGAACACCCCGGUUUGACUUGAACAGGCCACUGUCGUGCAAGUGGACAACAGGCCUUGGUCCCCGCAUUGGUUGUGUAAGUGACUACCCCAUUGAUUUAAGAUCCCUGGCCCUCGAGAAAAUGAAUCUAUCUCCCAGGUUUACCCCGGCCCGGUCCAAGAGCUCGAUUCCAAUCCCUUCGCCCCGCCCUAGCCCGAAGAUCCGGGUGUCGCCUAGGCUGGCAUACAUGGGACUUCCAAGCCCAAGGGUUCCUGCUUCAGCCGGAAAUUAGACUCCUUUUCAAGCUGCAGCAUAUGGGCACAUCUUGUGCCCUCAAUACUAGUCAUCUUCUUUGCAAUUCAUUCGUUCAUUCGUUUACUAUAAUUGGUUGGUUCUUCUUCUAACUGCAAGCUUGUCUUCAAUUUUGCGCCGCUUGCUUCGUUGCUCCCUAGUUUACAUGUAACUGCACUUCCCAAGUUGUAAAUAUACUGUUUUAGAAUAAAAUUGUUGAAAUUUUUUCUCAA